AUGCCUUUCGUGAGUAUGCUCCCAGCCAUACCGCCCCCGACGAAGCGUAUGGCACCGUGAGAGUCACCGCAAGAUGCUUCGGAACGGGGAGGUCUGAAGCGACAAUUGCUGACUUGAGGAUGAACUGCAGACCAAGUUGGUCAAGAACUCGGCCUACUUCAGGUGAGCACUCCUCGUGUGACAAUACGCCUCCAUUGACAUUCAUCUCACUCUCUGCAGCCGCUACCAGGUGAAGUACAAGCGCCGCCGAUCGGGCAAGACCGACUACUACGCCCGCAAGCGCCUCAUCACCCAGGCCAAGAACAAGUACAAUGCGCCCAAGUACCGCCUGGUCGUCCGCUUCACCAACAAGGACAUCAUCGCCCAGAUCAUCACUUCCGAGCUCGACGGCGACAAGGUCUUCGUCGCCGCGUACGCCCACGAGCUGAAGCGCUACGGCAUCACCCACGGUCUCACCAACUGGGCCGCCGCAUACUGCGUCGGUCUCCUCAUCGCCCGCCGUGCGCUUUCCAAGCUCAACCUCGCCGAGCACUUCACUGGUGUUGAGGAGGCAGAUGGAGAGUUCACCCUCACCGAGGACGCCGAGGUCGAUGGCGAGACCCGCCGCCCAUUCAAGUGCUUCCUCGACGUCGGUCUCGUCCGCACCAGCACCGGUGCCCGUGUCUUCGGCGCCAUGAAGGGUGCUUCUGACGGCGGUCUCCACGUUCCACACUCCGAGAAGCGCUUCCCCGGCUACGACAUCGAGACCAAGGAGCUCGAUGCCGAGACCCUCCGCAAGUACAUCUUCGGCGGUCACGUCGCCGAGUACAUGGAGACUCUCGCCGACGACGACGAGGAGCGCUACAAGUCGCAGUUCAGCGGCUACAUCGAGGACGAGAUCGAGGCCGACGGCCUCGAGGAGCUCUACGGCGAGGCACACAAGCAGAUCCGCGAGGAUCCAUUCAAGAAGGACGAGGACGAGGGGGAGAAGAAGUCCAAGGACUACUGGAAGGCGGAGUCGAAGAAGUACAAGCAGAAGAAGCUGACUCACGCCGAGCGCCAAGCCCGCGUCCAGGAGAAGAUCAAGGCUCUUGCCGCCGAGGUAUAA